AAGUAUAUCGAUAUCAAUUAGCACUUCAGUAUCAUUUCAAGAUGCUACGCGCGUGUACUUUCAUUUGUGUGUUAAUUUUAAAUCUUCGCGUAAUACAAUGUUCGAAAAUUCUUGGUUAUUUUCCCACGCCCUCAAUAAGUCAUCAAGUCGUGUUUCGACCUUUGAUGCACGAAUUAGCAAAACGGGGACAUGAAGUAAUCGUAGUAACCACAGAUCCAGCUUUUCCAAAAGGCGAUACACCUGCCAAUCUAACAGAAAUAGACGUCCACGAUAUAUCAUAUAAGAACUGGGAAGACGUCCUGGAUACACAUAACGGGAAAAAAGAAAAUAUAUUUCAACAGAUAGUGAACUUAUUUGAGAGAUUUACAAGUACAUUUGACCUGCAGUUGCAAAUGCCUGAAGUUAAGAAGAUGUUAAGAAAAGAAAAAAAUAAUAUAGAUCUGAUUGUUGUAGAAUCAAGUGUUCGAACAACUCUUGGUCUUGGACAUUUGUUGAAGGCACCAAUCAUUCAGUUUAGUUCGUUUGGAACAUCUCCUUCACAUUUUGGCUUUUUUGGGGCACCUUCCCAACCUCUCUUGUAUCCCACACCUCUGAACGUGCGCAUCUACAACUUGACUAUGUUUGAAAAGAUUUUCGAAUUCUUAAAACAUUUGACGUUAGACCACCUACAGAGUGUUAUGUAUGACUCUGAUUAUGCCAUGGCGAAACGUAAUUUUGGUGAAGACCUGCCACCUUUUGAAGAAUUGAUGGACAAAUAUGUGCAAAUGUUAUUUCUGAAUGAACACCCCAUCUGGGCCCAUAAUCAUCCUGUGCCAUCAAAUGUUAUCUUUAUGGGUGGUAUUCACCAAACCAAGCACGACAACCUUCCUCAGGAUUUGAAAACAUAUCUCGAUGCGUCGAAACACGGAGUCAUUUAUAUAAGUUUUGGAACAAAUGUGAAACCAUCUAAUCUUCCGUCAGAAAAGGUUGAACUUAUGCUAAAAGUGUUUUCUACUCUGCCAUACGACGUUUUAUGGAAAUGGGACACGGAAUUACCUCAGAAACCGAAAAAUGUGAAAACUUCAAAGUGGUUCCCACAAGCUCAACUACUCAAACAUCCAAAUAUAAAACUCUUCAUCACACAAGGAGGUCUCCAGUCUACAGACGAGACAAUAAACGCUGCAGUACCGGUCAUCGGAAUUCCCAUGCUUGGAGACCAAUGGUACAACACUGAAAGAUAUAAACAGCACCAAAUUGGUAUCCAACUCGAUAUACACGCUUUGUCCGAAGAACAAUUUAGUACAGCUGUAAGGAGUGUGAUUGAAGAUAAAAGCUACAAGACAAAUAUACUUAAACUACGCACUCUGAUGCGUGAAUUUCCUGUGAAACCAUUGGAUUUGGCUGUUUGGUGGACUGAACAUAUUUUGAAACACGGAGGCUCACAUUUGCGGUCACCAGCCUUUGGCGUCUCUCAUUGGAAGUACUAUGAAGUAACUUUAGUUUUAACAGUAGUAUCUGUACUGUUAUUAUCAUUAUUUAUUGUAGUGGUAAUAUUAAGAUUUCUUUUAAGAAGGUUACUGCCACACCUUUUACUUCCAAUUAGAAUUAAAGUUAAGAAAAUGUAAUAUUAAUAAAUAGUUUUUAAAUAUUAUAAUCUCGAAGAAUUCAUAGUUUGAAGUAUUGUGAAUUUUGUAUAGCAUAAUUGCUAACUUAUUUAUUUGUACACUCACUAAUGCCAUAGUUUACUUUGGCGUAACUCAUGCAAAUAUAUAUUUAAGAUACAUUUUGAUAUCUUACGACUUAUUAUUAAGAUAUGUCGCGGUGGGAAGUUAGGAAAGCGCAGGUAUUUUUAAGUAAAAUAAAAAACUCCAACUUUUGCCCAGAACUCGAAGCUUGUAUGAAAAUAUUUUUAUAAUAAAAAUAAUGUGUAACUUGAAUGAUUUUCUUUUCUGUUAUGCCACUUUAUUCAAUUAUGACAUAUAUAGAUUACAAUUAUGACAUAUAUAUUGUGUAAAAUUAUAAACGAUCACAAGUUUUUUUUUUACAUACAGGCAUUAAUAAUAUCUUAUAAUUUACCUAUUAAACGUGUUAAAAGGGUAAACUUAAACUCUCUCGCAUAAGUAUUUAUCUGUGUGUCAAAUAUAAUUACGAUAAUUGUAUACAGUAUAUAAUUUUCCUUUCUCAGAUUUUACGGUGAAUCAUUUAAAUUUGUAGAGAUAAGAUAAUAUAUGUAUGAUAUCUGUGAAUAAUCUUAAGUAUUUAGUAAUUAUAGAAUGAUUUAGUAAUUAAUAAUCAUGUUUCCAAGUUAUUAAAGAAAGGAUGAAGA